AUGCCUUCAGAAGCUGGUCACCGUCUUUAUGUCAAGGGUCGCCAUUUGAGCUACCAGCGUGGCAAGCGCAAUACCACCCCAGGUACCAGCUUGAUCAAGAUCGAGGGAGUUGAUGAUACCAAGGCCGCAAACUUCUACCUCGGAAAGAAGGUUGCUUUCGUUUACCGCGCACAAAAAGAGGUUAGAGGAUCAAAGAUUAGAGUUAUCUGGGGCAAGGUUACCAGACCACACGGAAACUCUGGUGUAGUACGAGCACAGUUCAGACGCAAUUUACCACCAAAGUCCUUCGGCGCAUCCGUUAGAGUUAUGCUUUACCCAUCUUCGAUAUAA